CAUAGACCAGGCCUCUCAGGAGAAACCCCGGGAGAUUCCACACUGUCGACCCCUUCUCCAAGAUCAGCACGUGGGCCUGACUCCUCCUCGGUGCCCAGCUCUGUACUGGCAACUAGCAGAGUAGCAAGCUUGAACUUGGCCUUGAGGAACAGCUGCCUCUAGAGUCGGAUCAGACAAGGGUGCUGAGAGCCGGGGCUCACAACCAAAGGAGAAAUGAGCAAUCUGCGGUCUUCGGAGGAGGAGAAAUAUGAUAUGUCAGGUGCCCGCCUGGCCCUAACACUGUGUGUCACCAAAGCCCGAGAAGGUUCUGAAGAAGACCUGGAUGCUCUGGAAUACAUGUUUCGGCAGCUGAGAUUCGAAAGCACCAUGAAGAGAGACCCCACUGCCCAGCAAUUCCAGGAAGAGCUGGAAAAAUUCCAGCAGGCCAUCGAUUCCCGGGAAGAUCCCAUCAGUUGUGCCUUCGUGGUACUCAUGGCUCACGGGAGGGAAGGCUUCCUCAAGGGAGAAGAUGGGGAGAUGGUCAAGCUGGAGAAUCUCUUCGAGGCCCUGAAUAACAAGAACUGCCAGGCCCUGCGAGCCAAGCCCAAGGUGUACAUCAUACAGGCCUGUCGAGGAGAACAAAAGGACCCUGGUGAAACAGUAGGUGGAGAUGAGAUUGUGAUGGUCACCAAAGACAGCCCCCAAACCAUCCCAACGUACACAGAUGCCCUGCACAUCUACUCCACGGUGGAGGGAUACAUCGCCUACCGACAUGAUCAGAAAGGCUCGUGCUUUAUCCAGACCCUGGUGGAUGUGUUCACGAAGGGGAAAGGACAUAUCUUGGAGCUUCUGACAGAGGUGACCCGGCGGAUGGCAGAAGCAGAGAUGGUUCAGGAAGGACAAGCAAAGAAAACGAACCCUGAAAUUCAAAGCACCCUCCGGAAACGGCUGUAUCUGCAGUAGAAGUAGAAAGACAGGGAGGAGCUUUCCUUCCAGCACUCUUUCUGUCUCACAGAAAUUUAGAGGCAGCUCUUACCACUCCCUAAGAUCUUCUCUUCCCAAGGCUAAAUGGCACCCAGUUUCUUUUUCAUCACACCCCUCAUGCAGGUCCCCCUGUCCUUCUUAGAGCAAGCCAGCCAGAACUUAGCACAAGGCCUAGUGGUAACAUUAACAUCACCUCCCUCAGGCUGGACUUUCUAUCUUUAUUAAUGCAACAUAAGAGACCUAAGAGUGCAUUCACUUAUCCCACUUUCUGUUCCUGUGGUCUUCUUUCUUCCUCCCAAAGCAGAAACUGGAUAGAGCUGAAGAUUUUCCACAGCCAAACCAAUGCCCACUCAAUCCCUCCUACCCCAGUCCAACCCUGCUGGCUCCUGCAUCUCACUUGGAGAUAAAACCUCCUCCUGAGGCCAAUGCAUUCCCAACUCCAGUUCCCUCGUUUACCCUGGAGAAUUAGUAAGGCAGAACCAUCCUUUCUCUCCAAAACCAUUCCUUCUUGGCUAGCAAGUUGGUGUCCUAACUCCACUCUCUUCCUAGCUCAUGGCCUCUCUAGAUAACGAAGUUGUCUCCGCCUUUCUGGAUCUCUUCCUCCUAACACCCCUCCCCCUGAAACCCUGGAUUCUGCCCUCUCUCC